AUGUCUGCUUGGGCCGACCUUUACACCGGUGCCGAAAACGAAGGGAAAAACGUCAAGUUCGGCUGCUCCACCACGACGGCCGGCUCGUUCCCGGCCGACGGGCUGGUCGGGCUCAGCGGCGACGCGGUCUCCCUCGUGACGCAGCUCGGCGGCGAGGCGUCGCUCGGCCGGAGAUUCUCCUACUGCCUCGUCCCGCACUCCGUCAACACAUCGUCGGCGUUCAACUUCGGCACCCUCGCCAACGUCACCGAGCUCGGCGCAGCGAGCACGCCGCUCGUCGCCGGGGACGUGGACACGUACUACACCGUGGUCCUCGACUUCGUCAAGGUCGGCAACAAGACGGUGCAUCGGCGGAAGCAAACCGAACAAGCGAGUCCGGACUUGACGCUGGAGUUCGGCGGCGGCGGCGGCCGCGCGGCGGUGGCGCUGAAGCCGGAGAACGCGUCCGUGACGGUGCAGGAGGGGACGCUGUGCCUGGUAAUCGUGGCGACGACGAAGCAGCAGCCGGUGUCCAUCCUCGGGAACCUGGCGCAGCAGAACAUCCACGUCGGCUACGACCUCGACGCCGGCACGGUCACCUUCGCCACCGCCGACUGCGCGGGGAGCGGCCGGCCGACGGAGCAGACGAGCGGCGGGCAGGGCUUUCUGUGGUGGAAACACAAGAGUCAUCAUGCAGCUAGAGAUAAGCAACUGAAGAAGUGA